AUGGCGCUAGUGCAGGAGGUGCUGCUGCUGGCGGCUGCCUGCGUGUCCUGCGCGGGCUGCGGCUUCUUGCUGGCCAUGUGGAGGCGCGUGGAGGCCCCCAACUACGUCAGCCGCCGCAUCGUCACGUCGCUGGGGCUUGCGGGGCUCGUCACCGCCGUCGCCUUCGCCAUGUCCCUGGUGGUGAACGGCUUUGGGCAGAACUACAGACAGCACGAAGGACUCUGCUACGCGCAGGCGCUGACGCUGCAGUACUUCUACUUGGCGUCGUACCUCUGGACCGCGUGCUUCGCCUUCCACCUCUACCAGAUCAUUGUCAAGCGCAGGAAUGAGUACCCGGAGGAGUUCCUGUGGGUGUAUCGCGGCGUUGGGUGGGGGCUGCCUGGAGUGGUGCUGGUAUAUCUGGUGCUGCGUCAGCUAACGGGUCAUCUAGGCGUGGGUGGAGCAGACCGUCGAUGGUGCUGGAUCGCGGUCCACACGACGCACGAAGAAGAAGGAGAAGACCCGCUCGUUUGGCGGCGGGAAGGAGCGCUGCAACAGCUCCUGCUGUUCUACGCCCCUGUCCUCUGCGUGUUCGUCUUCAACGUGGGCGUUUAUCACCAUAUCCUCAAGUUCCUGUAUAUGGAUCCUAUGGCGCCACGCUUCCGCGACAAAGUCAAGAUCUACCUCGGCAUCUUCUUCCUGUGCUCGAUCUGGGGAGUGAUCAACCGG